CAAAUCUCUCUUCACUCAACCACGACUUUUUCAGCUGCUGCACCGCAGCAGAUACUACCAAAGACGAUGAAGAAACACUCAGCGCUAUGAUAGCUCUUAAUGUGUUGUUCAAUUCCUACUCCUUAAUCCUCACCUACUUCUCCUUUUUCUUGCCGAUUCGCGCAUUCAUUCGCCUAGAAACGGACCACAUACCUUCAGGUCAGGAUUUACGCCCCAUUCCCGAGGAGACCUACAACUCUCUGGAUGAGCUAGCGCGUGUGGUCGAUGUCGCCUACUGCGUUGGCAGCACUGGGCUUCAGAAGCCUUUUCAGUGCCUGAGCCACUGCAGUGACCUCAAGGGGUUUGAGUUAAUAACCACAUGGAAUACUGGGCCGUUUCUUUCGGACUCUUGUGGAUACAUAGCGGUUUCGCACUCGCCGUCACCUAACCGUAUCAUUGUCGCUUUCCGUGGCACCUACUCCAUUACCAACACGAUCGUUGAUUUAUCUGCCUACCCGCAAGCCUAUGUGCCGUAUAACACCGGACAUAAAGAUGGAAAGAAUGAAUCAAGCUGUUGCAAUUGCACUGUCCACGCCGGAUUCUUCACUUCGUGGCAGAACACUCGCUCGACGAUCCUCGACCACGUUGCAGCCGCAAGGGAGCAAUACCCCAACUAUGAACUGGUUCUAGUUGGCCACUCGCUUGGUGGGGCAGUUGCUGCGCUGGCUGGUAUCGAGAUGCAGCUGCGAGGCUGGGAACCUACGGUGACGACAUUCGGAGAACCGAAGGUCGGAAACAAGGCCUUUGCCGAGUUCCUGGGUAAGAUAUUCCGGUUGGACGAGGACUCCGCAUGGCGGUUUCGCAGGGUCACGCAUGUUUAUGACCCUGUGCCUCUCCUACCACUGGAAGAAUGGGGGUAUGCGAUGCACGCGGGAGAAAUCUUCAUCUCCAAGGAAGAUCUUCCCCCAUCUGUGGAUGACGUUCACUUCUGCGAGGGCCCUCACGAUGCACGAUGCAUAUCAGGGGAGGGAGGUGAAAUGGCCUUGGCGGUCGCUCUUCAUGAAUCGGCGUCUCUGGCUGCAGAUGCGAAGUCGCGGGCUGGCUGGGCUGACGCUGAAUCUACCGAGCAGCACGAUAUGCCAGACGGGCAUACUUCUCAAGCACCCUUGCACGUGCAGGAAAGUGCCAUGAAACACCGAGGCUUAUUUGAUUUGCCUAGACGACUUAUCCGGUCUAGAUACCACCUGUGGGAGCUCUUAUUCUCCCAUCGGGACUACUUUUGGCGGGUUGGGCUCUGCGUUCCUGGUCGUGACCGGGCAGGCAAGGGGUGGUGGGCGUCGGAUUCGUAGUCCCGAUGUUCUUCUUGACGACGAAGAGACGACUCAAAUCAUACAUGGCUGUAGGAACGAGUGCACGUAUAAAAUGGUGGACUUGAUUAAUAUUCCUAAUCUCAGGCGAGUCACGUAUGCAGCAAUACAGCUAGCUAAAUUCUAUGAAAUUAUAA